GACGUUCCAGGAAUCUUGCUGGUUUGGUACGUUUUCCCUUGGCAUCAAGCGAACCAUCAGCUACCAUCAAUGUGACCGAACGAACAUGACCAUCAGAACUUUAGUAAAUCUCAACGACUUUCGCAAGCUGCCAUUGAUUCCUGGAAACUUGAUCAUCACGAUGUCUCCUAUCCUCGAGUUUCGUUUUGGCUUAUUCCAUUCCUGAUGCUCUUGCAACGUUAGAAGAUACUCUUUUCUCCAGUGAAUCCAGAAUUUGUUCUUAAGAUGUUGAACCUGUCUCCAUUGCCGUCUGCAAUACAUAUCGGCCGAUUGGAAUUCUCCAGGUGGGGGUAAAAAAACUUUGGUUUUCAUUGUUAAAAGGUGGUUCGGUGUCAAUGUUAUUGGAAAAUCUAUUAUACAAUUUAUUAAAUUUUCUCUCUUAACUUCAUUAUGUUUCAAUUUCAUUAUAUAAUAUGUCUGUAACUUAAUUUCAAUUUCAUAUAUGUCUGUAACUGAAACUAUAUUAUACUAAGAAAUUAAAUAUGUAACUUUGAAUUUUGACAUGGGGUGGCCUCUUCACACAAGCUCUAAGCUUCUUGAGGUCUCCUCGCCGACUUUAUUUUAUUAUAAUAUCUUGUAAAUAGCAAAUUUUGCAAAUAAACCAAAAAAAAAAGAGAAAAGAAUGGAGUAGGGGCUUUAGGAUCGUUGAUGGAAUCUAUGGUGAGGGGGCGAGUGUUUACGAUAGCUUCAUCUUCACACAUAAAUGUUCUGAGGGAUUCAUCAUUCAACUGUAUUCCGUUUAUUUCAAGAAUAGCUGACAACACAUUGCGAACUGUACGCAUUUGUCAUUCCCAAACUCCACCCAUGUGACUAGCUGAAGGAAUGUUCAUAUUAAACUUGAUCCAGUCGCAAUUAUUACAUAACACUUCUUGGUGUAUCUUAUCUCGAUCAAGCUCUCUCAAGGCGUCUUUAAGCUCUUUCUUGGCGCCAACAAAAUUCGUACCUUGAGCACUAUGUAGCACACUUAGAAAUCUACGGAGUGCGUUGAUAAAAAAAUCUGUGUCUAAACUUGCAGCCACUUCGAUGUGCGCACAGCUCCCGAUGCCAUACCCGUAAAUAAUAUUCUGUAUCUUUUCAAUUCCUUAUGACCUUCCUUGAUGAGGAAGGGCCCAAAAUAGUCAACCAUGCAAUUCGUGAAUGUGGGUUCUAAACGAUCAGGUGGCAACCCAGCCAUAUGUUGCUCUUGUACACUACCACAUAAUUUAUGACAAGUAACGCAUUCACUUAUAACUCUAGAGACAGCUGAUGAGGCGCCGAGAAUCCACUAGCUCUGAUUUCAUUCAAGGUAAUGCCUUUACCUUGAUGUUGUACUCUGCUGUGAUAAUAUCUUACAAUCAAUUUCGUUAUAUGACUAUUCUGUGGUAAGACUGCUGGAUGUAUGCAUUGACCAGUUAGAUUUGCUAAUUGAAGUCGACCACCUACUCAGACAAUUUCGUCCGAAUCUUUGUAACGAUCUAACUUUACAAUAAUCAUGAGCUCAGCCGGAUGUAACUUUUCAACCGAGACAGGAUUUGUUGUGACUUGCCUUACUCGCUUUGAAUUCUUCAUGUUCUCAGUCCGAGAAGAAUGACAGUCUCUCUAACAAGCUUCGAAAUGAUGCUUCAACAACAGUUGCUAACAAGGAAACUUUCUUUACUUCUGGGUUGUUAUCUGACAGGAUUGAGGCUUGGUUUAUCGUGUUCUUCAUUUGUGUCCAAUCUGCUUCGUCUUUGUACUCUGCUGUGAUAAUAUCUUACAAUCAAUUUCGUUAUAUGACUAUUCUGUGGUAAGACUGCUGGAUGUAUGCAUUGACCAGUUAGAUUUGCUAAUUGAAGUCGACCACCUACUCAGACAAUUUCGUCCGAAUCUUUGUAACGAUCUAACUUUACAAUAAUCAUGAGCUCAGCCGGAUGUAACUUUUCAACCGAGACAGGAUUUGUUGUGACUUGCCUUACUCGCUUUGAAUUCUUCAUGUUCUCAGUCCGAGAAGAAUGACAGUCUCUCUAACAAGCUUCGAAAUGAUGCUUCAACAACAGUUGCUAACAAGGAAACUUUCUUUACUUCUGGGUUGUUAUCUGACAGGAUUGAGGCUUGGUUUAUCGUGUUCUUCAUUUGUGUCCAAUCUGCUUCGUCUUUGUACUCUGCUGUGAUAAUAUCUUACAAUCAAUUUCGUUAUAUGACUAUUCUGUGGUAAGACUGCUGGAUGUAUGCAUUGACCAGUUAGAUUUGCUAAUUGAAGUCGACCACCUACUCAGACAAUUUCGUCCGAAUCUUUGUAACGAUCUAACUUUACAAUAAUCAUGAGCUCAGCCGGAUGUAACUUUUAAACCGAGACAGGAUUUGUUGUGACUUGCCUUACUCGCUUUGAAUUCUUCAUGUUCUCAGUCCGAGAAGAAUGACAGUCUCUAACAAGCUUCGAAAUGAUGCUUCAACAACAGUUGCUAACAAGGAAACUUUCUUUACUUCUGGGUUGUUAUCUGACAGGAUUGAGGCUUGGUUUAUCGUGUUCUUCAUUUGUGUCCAAUCUGCUUCGUCUUUCCAGAGGAAAUUUGGCCCAUUUAUCCAUUUGGAAUUCAUCAGCUGAGCUGGUCUCAAGCCACAAGAAACUUCAUCUGCUGGAUUUUGCUUCAUGUCGACAUACUUCCAUUGAUCUACUUGCUGAACUUGAUUGGCAACAAACACAUGAAACUGUCUGACUUCAUUUCCUACUUGACUAUCUGUCCAGAAGAACUUUUGAGUGAUUAACAUAUCUAAUUCUCGACGUAGCUGUUCAUUGACCUUCACUAUAACCCUUGAAACUCGCAUCAGAGAAGUGAUGCAGCUCGCAUAAUACGACUGGACCAAAAUCUGUUGGUUUGUAGCAACAUGGGAUCAACAAUGCUUCCAACUCCUUCAACUCUGACUUCCAUUUGAGCCAUCACAUCCUGAUCUCUUCUGGCACUGCAUCAUCCCAGCCCAGGUUUUGCUGACAGAGUUCUUGAAGAAUUGCUUUUCCUUCUAAGAGAACUGGUGCAACAAAGCCUAGAGGAUCGAAUAUUGAAAUCACUGUUGAAAUGAUGCCUCUUCUUGUCUACGGUUGAUCUUUGAAAGUAAUGGUGAAUUUAAAAACAUCAGAGUUGAUGGACCAUUGAACUCCAAGUGCCAACUCCAUUAGCUAUGCCCCAUGAUCGAAAUUCAGAUUUCUUACAUCUUCUGCAUGAUCAGCUUCCGAAAUCCUUUUAAAGACCUUUUUACUGUUUGAAGUAAACUUAUGAAGGUUGAAUCCACCGUGAUCACACAUUUCUUUCACAUCGUGUACCAGUUGUACAGCUUCUUCGACGGUAGGUGAUGAGUUUAAACUAUCGUCAGCAUAGAAAUUCCGGCGGAGAAAUUCAGCUGCUGCCUCUCCAAGGGAUUCUUCAUUAUCAUCAGCUGCAGCCUUGAGGGCAAAAUUCGAACAACCAGGCGAUGACGCUGUGCCGAACAAGUGGACCGUCAUCUGAUAUUUUGGGGAUCUUUCGAUGUAGAACCAUUUUCCCACCACUGAAAAAUGAAGGAAAACUCUAUAUUCCACUGGUACUUUCACUUGGUAGAACAUUGCUUCGAUAUCACACAUAAUCGCAAUAGGUUCACAAUAAAAUCUAAAGAGGACACCGGUCAAAUUGUUUGUCCAGUCUGGUCCUUGCAACAGGUGGUUAUUUAGGGAUUCGUCUUGGAACUGAGCUUAGCAAUCAAAUGCAACACAGAUCCUAUUCGGUUUCUUGGGAUGAUAAACACCAUGAUGUGGAAUAUAGAAUUGUACCAUUUCUUUUGUUCUCUGGUAACCUUUCAGCGUAACCUCUUUUUAUGACUUUAUCCAUAAUAUUUACGUAAUCUUCUCGAUAUUUACUGUUUGACUCCAGUUGAUUCUUUAGUGGUCUCAAUCGAUUCAUGGCCAUAAUGCAAUUGUUUGGAAGGUUGCAUGGGUUGUCCUUCAUGGACGGAGGGAUCUCGUACCGUGCAUCUUGGUGGCAAGUCUCCCUAGAAACUUUCGAUCUUCUUUGGAAGGUGCUGCUUCUUCCUGUUCUCAUUCAGAGAAGUCCAGCUCGAACAUCCUGGCUACCUCUUUAGGAGUUAUUAUUUCCUUCAUUCGGGUAUCCAAGACGAACUUCCCUUCGAGUUUAGUACUUCCGAUGUCUUAGUACUUGCAAUUUCUAGUGACGAUAUCACCAGCCAAGUACCUUGUGUUUGCAGGUCCGAUAAUUCCCCAACGUAAACAAGUCUUGACUGCGUAAGGAUCAUCCUCUCGACCAGGGAUAACUUCAAGGUUGCAAAGCCUUUGGACAGUUGCAGCCAAUCAACAUUCCAAUCUCCAUCCAUCUCUUAGAUGUUCCCACUUGCUUGCGAUCUCAGGAGUUGGAAUCUGCUCUUUUCUUGAUGGAAUUGUUUAUCUGGAAUAAGCCUUUGGGAGCGGUAUUGGUGUUUCGCUUCUGGACAACAAGACCAUCGAUUCUUUGAACAGGGACACUGGUUUGAUCAUGCAUGGUCUCAAUUCCAGAAACGUUUCUGUUCCACUUAUGCCGAGAUCAUUCAGAACCGACUCCUUAAUGAAUGUGGAAUCGCUACCAUUUAUGAACUUCGACAGUUGGAUAUGGCUAGGGAUUACUGGAACUAACAUUGCAGUUAUUAUGUCAGUAUACUUUGAUGAUCCAGACGCUGACUUUGGCUGUGUUUCCGGAUUCACUAUCUAAAUCGGUUGGCAGAUCUUUGUCAGGUGAUUCUUGGGUGGGUGGUUUUAUACCUUGCUUAGUGGCUUGUUUGGUCAAACGAUGAGUAGGCUUAAUGCCAUGCAAUAACGUUGGGUGUUGGCCUUACUACAUUCCCCACACUUCAUUCGUGAUUUGCAACUGGAUGACAAAUGACCUUCUUAAAACACCCGGAACAGAGGCCUUGACUUAGAACAAACUCUUGUCUGUGAUCAAGUGUUUUACUCUUAAAUUCUGGACACUUUUCUAAGUUGUGACUGUUCGUACAUACUGGGCACAUUGGUACUUCCGCUCUAUUAUUAUAAUUAUUAUUUAAUCAGAGAUGUUUAGAAUAUUGUUCAUUUUUUGUUCCUGAGUACGAGGGUAGCUUGGCACUCAUCUGAAUAAGUAUUUGUGUAGGUAGAAUCAAGUUCAUUUAAUGACCCUACGGUUUUUACAGCUUCUUGGCAGCAAAUCAAAAAAUCGGAAAAAGUGUGCAAUCCCGCACUAUAUCUGUCCUUAAUUGUCGACCAAUUAUGUAACCGAGACUUAUAGGCCUCAGUAUUCAUUACAGCCUUCUAUUCUAUUAUUUGUGACAACGUUUUAUCCGACAACGAUCGUCUUUAUGUUUUAAAUAAAUACACUGUCAAACAGGCUAACAAAGUAGUGAAAGGUUUUUUAGCUGUUAAUUCAGAUAAUGCCUAUAAAGAGGCCCGGAAAUUGCUUGAUGAUCAUAAUCCAAAAUGAUCAUCAAGCAAUUUCCGGGCCUCUUUAUAGGCAUUAUCUGAAUUAACAGCCAAAAACCUUUCACCACUUUGUUAGCCUGUUUGACAGUGUUUUAUUUAAAACAUAAAGACGAUCGUUGUCGGAUAAAACGUUAUCACAAAUAAUAGAAUAGAAGGCUGUAAUGAAUGCAGGAUAGUCAAAUGCAUUUCCACUAAACGUUUGUGGUUCCUUAACUGGAAGGUGAUUUGUUACGUGUUGCUUGGUUUAUAAUGCGCUUAACUCAGCUUGUCUUAUUUGCACUUGAACUAAUUGCUGUAAAGUGUGCAUUAUCGGUUCUGUGGUGAUGAUGGCGCAAAGCCAAAUGCUAAUGGUUGAGUGUAUCCAUAUGGUCUUGGUAAAUUAAGUGUUUCAGUCUCAGGCUUAGUGUUAUACUUGGUAUUAUGACAGUCAACAGGCUUAGCCAAAUAAGACAAGGAAAGGUGGCUUUGAGUGAUCAUCAUGAAUGCCAGCUUUAUGCUUAGUAUCUAAAUUAUUGUCAUGAAUACAAGAGACAAGAUUAAAUUGAAUGUUCGACUUAGUUUUAGUGUGUUUUUCUUUUGUGUAGGCAGGUAACUCAAUUUGCUUGCUGUCAUUUGACAUUUGGUCUUCCUCGAUAAUGCAUUUGAAGGCCCUUUCUUCUGCGUCAGCUAUUGAAGAUUCUUUGAAAAGCUGAAGUGGAUGCAACUCCCAUUCAUGGUACAGAAAGUCAAUUUCAGCAUGAAGUCUUUGACUUCAGACUUUGCAGCAGCUUCUAAUCGCAUUGAACAUGCUGAACAGGAACUGGCCACACUUUCUGAGCUGCUAUAAAAUGUCUGACACACAUUCUCUUUUGAAGUCUGGCUCUGAAAAACAAUCGCUUUUUUUAGUUUGAAAUAAGCCUUCAUAAGGACUAUUGUGUGGCAAUGUUAUCUAUAUACUCAACAAGCAUUGAGCAGAGCGGUCACAAUUUUUGAAGCUCCGUAAAAGAUCUCGAAAUUAGUGAAUUAAGAGUUAAAAUCUCGAAUAAAUAUAAUGGCUACGGCCACUAAAGCAUUACGUAAAGAACAUGAAGCCCUGAAAGAAGAAAUCCAACAGAUAAUGACGAAAUUACAACAUCUAGAACAAAAAUUUGAAUCCAUAAAUGCCAGAGUCGACCAAAUUUCCAUGAGGUGUAACGAUAUAGCUAAAUGUGUCGAUGGAGGAGUAUAGCUACCAAUUUAAUGUCAAAAUUGUUGGUAUGCCUCUAAAAGCAGAGAAGGAAAGCCCGGAAACGACGGCUAAUCUCUGCUUACAACUGUUUGCAGCCCUGGGAGUUAAAGAUAUUUCAUUACAAGACAUUGAUAUAGCUCAUCGAAUGCCAGCACGCCGAGCAUCUUCACACCCAAACUCCAUAAUCUGUAAAUUUGUUUGGAGACUGGCAAAAAAUAAAGUAAUGGAGGCUAGAAAAGAAGUAUCUAAACUGCAAGCUGUUCAACUUGGGUUCUCCUCAGGUAUUCCUGUCGAACAUGUUAAUAUUUAUGAUCAUCUAACACCGCGUCUCCACACACUAUAG